AUGGUGUGGAGCAUCAGUCUUCGUGAGCAGGUGACAUGCCACAACAUGUUUGCCAUCCUGUCGCAACCAGAUGAGGAUGAAGAUGAGCUCAUUGCUUUGAACGACAUGUUCUUCGACUGGGAUGAGCUGGAGAACAGGUGGAAUGAGAUGAAUGAGCCUUGGGAGCUUCGUGAUUUUUCCUUCAUGGGGAGGUUCUCAUGGUCUGAUGAGUCAGAGAAGACUGGGGGCAUGAGAGAAGUGAAGAAGCAUGCUGUUGUGAGAGACAAGAAAGCAGCAUGCAGUGAGCCCAUGCCUCAGAUCAUGCCAGCUCCCAUUCGAGAUGAGGGCUUGCGGCAGAGGCUGCAUGAGAGCAUUCUGAGCAUGCAGUUGACAAGGCAUUCGCAGUACCAUGCGAUUCGCAGCAUCAUGAGAAAGGCAUUCAAGACGCAUGCGAAAAAGGAGCGACGACUCAAGCGCCAGCAUGAGCAAUUGAAGACCUCUGCAUUCUUCGAUUGGGACGAGUUAGAUGCUGCUGAAGACAAUGAGCUGAGCAAGCGAUCAAACUCAUGGUUCGAUUGGGAUGAGCUGAGUUCUGCUGAAGCCAUCAGCAAGGAGAAGGCAGAAAGGGAGUACUGGCGAAGCAUGAUGCGAAUGAGGGGAGGCGGUGAUGAGUCGCAGCAUGAGCAGGAGCAAGAGAAUGAGGAGACAGCCAUAGUCCUGGACGAUGAGGACAAAGCCCUCUCCCAGACUCCUGUGGCAAAGAAAGAAGCGGAUGAGAGCAUGAGCCCACCCACGGACCGUGUCAAGCGACAGCUGAGCUUUGGAUCGGCUUCAUCAGCCGAGUCCAAGCAGUCAAGGCUGCAUAAGUUCUUCCGGUCUCCGUCAUCCUUCUCUGACGACAGCAGCAUCCAUGAGACGCCCAGUCCGCCGCCCAAGAGGCCAAGACAUCGCAUGGAAGACACUCUUCGUGAGAUGUUGAAGAGUGGGCAGCUGUCGCUUGAUGGGAAGAAGCUGACCCUGACAGCCCAUGAGGAUGUCAUCCCAAAGCUGCAGCAGGAGGUGGGCAAGAAGUUUGGGAGGUUCGGAGGUCGGCCCAUGAAGCCGGUCAGCGAAAGGAGAGGGAUCAUGGGUGGCCAGAAGUCCAACCGGAGAAAGGCCAAUGAGAAACCUCGGCAGUUUGAGUUGCCUGUGUCCAUGAAGAACCGCAUCUGCCAGCAAAUCUAUGAGACCCGUGGGCACCAUCCCGCUGAGCAAGACAUGCUCAAGGCCUUUGCAAAGAAGAGCAAGAUGAGGUUGGACAAGCUGCAGGACAUCUGGGCCAACAGGAGCACAUGGGCUCAGCUCGAAAAGAAGGACCAUGGCAACAUGAUCGGUGGGGAGCAUUCCAAGCAGAGGCCAAGGAUGAGAGCAGAAGGUGCUGGUGCCAAGCGACAAUUCCCUGAGGUCGUCCAGAAACUUGGCCAUUGGCUUGACAAAGAACGAGCCCAUGGUCAUCAGGUGCUGCAGCGGCACCUGGCAUGGCAGUAUGAGCUGCUCCUUCAGGAACACAUGGUUGAGCUUACGGAGCUGCUUGAGUCUGAGAAGAGUAAGGACAUGAGCACAGAGGAGCGGCAGCAGCAUGAGGUGAAGCUAAAGCUUGCAGAGAAGCAGAUGGAGGCCAUGCAUGGGAGCGAGAAGCUGAUGAACAAAAGGGCAAAGACAUUGGCCACAUGGCUUGGGGCUGAGACGAGGGUUCCAAACCUCGUGACCCAGAUCAGUUCCGUGGAGCAGCAGGUGAGGGCUGAGCUCUCGUGGCAACACCAUGACUGGUGCAUUCACAAGGUGGCAUCAGCAGAUGAGGACUUCAUGAGACAGUACUUUGCCAGGCCCAAUGAGAUCACCCCAGCCAUUAGAAAGGCAUGUGUUCUGGGCUUCUCCGAUCAGGUGCCACUCUGGCUGAAGUCUGGGUCCAAGAAAGAAAUCAUGGCUUCAUGGGAAGUAGCAGGCCUCAAGAAGAAGAAGCAGCAUCCGCACCUGCAUGAGCCGCAGCAGACCGCAGAUGAGACACACCCGGCAGCUGAGGAGCCUCAUGAGGAGUCGAAAGCUGAGGAGCCUCAUGAGGAGUCGAAAGCUGAGGAGCAUCAUGAGAAGCAGCCACAUGAGCAGGAGGAACCAGGUGAUGAGUGGAAGCUCGCCAUGCCAGAUGAGAAGCAUGAGAUGGCCCAUUUGACCACCCGUCGGCAAGAGAAGGCCGAUAGGUACAGGGUCACAUUUGAGGCCAUGCAGCUCGUGAGUGGCUUCUUCGACCAUGAGAAGACCCCCGAAGGCCACUGCAUGAGAGGCAUUCUGAUAGUUCCCGGCCAGCAUGCACGGUUGGAUAACAUUGACGAGCAUGGGAAAUGGAAAGAGGAUGAGACAUUCUUCUACAUGGGUCAAGAGAGACGCCACAUCAGAGGUGAGAGCUGCGGCCGAGCUCUCAUCAGCUGGCGAAAGCUGCGAGAUGAGAUGCCACAAGCAUUCCGGCAUUUCUCCGUCAUGAGCCAGCCUGCAUCCAACAGCGAUGGGAUUUGCUUGCCAUGGGUCAUAAAGGAUCAGGCUAGGCAGUUCCCAUUGAGUGUGUGGAUGAGGGAUGCGUAUGGGCCUGCAUUCACAUCAGAUACGGUCAAGACCCUCUUCAUGGGGCAUCAGGUUCAGUCGAGCAUCAUGCCGAAGAUGACAUCAGCAUUACAGCUCACUGAUACAGAUUUUUCACAUGCCUUUAAGGCAUCAGUGAGAAGAGCCAUCGAUGAGCAGAGCAUGAGGCAGGCGGCUCGCCGGAAUGAGGAGGAUGGGCACCAUGAGCAGCAGUUCCCGAAGAUGGGCAUCAAGGAGAUGGCAUUGGCCAUCGACGCUGCCAUGGAGCACAUGAUCCAGAUGAAUGAGAAGACGGAAUGGGUCCUGGCUGGGCUCCGCCGCAAUGGGUUCUUGGCCCUGAGACCUGAUGAGCAUGGCAAGAUGAGGAAGUGCGAUCACGAGGCAUGGGCCAAGGACAAGCCAUUGGGCUGCAAGAGGAUCCAUCCGACAUGGGUCGCCAAUCGGUAUCAGCAUGAGAACAAUGGAGACAUUGAGAAACCCAAUUGGGCUCGCAUUGAGGGAGCCACUGAGUUGAGUGACCUGGCCCAUUGGCACUACAACGAUGGGUUCAAGGAUGCCCCAAGCUGGGAGGACAUCCCAUUUGAUGAGCAUUCCGAGCCUGAAUGGCAGGCAUGCGCCAAGUUCCAGAUGCCAUUAGACCUGAGAAGGGCCAUGCUGGCAAGAGAGGCGACCAUGAGCGAUCAAGCCAAGGCAAAGAGGGAGAGGAGAAGAGAGAAGAAUAAGACCAGGCGGCAGAAGAAGCAACAGGAGCAUCAGCUCACGGAUGAGGCCCGGGAGGAGCUGAGAGCAAGCAUGCAGGAAACCUCCAGGGAUCUGCCAGCAUCGGCCUCGAAGAAAGGCAAGGCGAAGGCCAAGGCGAAGGCCCAGGCCAAGGCCGAAGCCAAGGCCAAGGGCAUGAGCUUGCCCAAGAUGGGCAAGAUGGCCAAAAAGCAGCAUAAGAAGCAGCUCAAGAAAAACGCAUUGAGCAAAGCGGUGGAUGAGCUCCCUGAGCCGCCAUUGCCUCCGCCACCCGGCCCACCAGCUAUGAGUGCUGACACUGGUGAGCAUGACAUGACCAAGGGCACAUGGAGGAUAGUCAAUGAGGACGCUGGCAUUUCGCUGUAUGGGCGGCAUGGGUCCAUUCUGGGUGUCGGCCGUCAGAACUGCCACAUGCUGCUGGAGAAGGACCAUUUCUUCCCCAAGCAGCAGAAGGCAUGGGUCAGCAAGAGCCAUUGUGAGCGAUUGCCAGAGGGUGAGCAUAAGGUGUGGAAGUGGGCCCAGAUGUCCUUCUACCGGGCCUGGAAGCAGGAAAUGCUGCUUGACAUGGGGCUCUUGAGCCAGGACCUGGAUCAGCUGGAUGGGCUUGAGCAGGUUCACAUCCUCCCAUACCCAGCCAUUGAGGCCGGCGGCAUAGAGCUGCAACAGCUGCAUUUGGGCUGGCGAGUCCUGCUUUGGCACAUGCUCCAGAGCUCAAUGCCCUGCAAGAGCAUGGGCUUCAUUAGUCCUGGAUGGACACAGCCACUAUAUCUGCAUCAUGACAAUGCCAAAGUGGAUGUGGAUGCAUUCAUUGAGUGCAUCAAAAAGCAGAUGAGUGCUCAUACACUGAACUUCCUCCCCCUGGGGUACUAUGACUCCCUGCCGGAUGAGUCCCAGCGAUGCAGGGACUACGCUGAGAAAAUCUUGGCAUCCCUGCUCUCCAUGGGCCUGGUGCAUGAGGCGGUGCUGCCUCCUCGCAGGAACAAGGUCUUCCAGGGAGUCGAUGAGUGCGGAUUCCAUGUUCUGGCUGCCAUGGAGCAAGAGGCCGCAAAGGCCAUGGGGUUUGGAAAGGCCAGCACUGGGUGGCCUUCGCAUUCGGCGAAGAAGUGGCAUGAGCGGCUGCAUAAGGUCACAAAUGCUCUCCGCACUGAGCAGACCAAGCGACUGGAUGAGCUGAAACAGCAUAAGAAGAAGGAGGAGGCCUUGGGAAUCAAGAUGAGAAAAGAGCGAGAGCACAUGGCGGCCAUGGCUGAGAAACGCAUGAGCAAAGGCCUUGAGCUGACUGCGCUUCAGAAGAUGGCCCAUGAGGUCAUUAGCCAAGGCAAAGUCCUUGAGAUCGAGGACAUGCCCCAGGCAUACUGGGAUGAGAGAAAUCGAAUCGAACUCCAUGAGAUUGGAGUCUGCAGCCGCUGCCGGCAUGCCUCAGGCUGCCUGAGCUGCGAUGAGGGUAAGCUCCUCGCAUACUGGAUGAGGAGGGAAGCCCGCAGAUUGGGCAGGAACAUUGUGGCCCUUUGCUUGGAGUACAUCCAGCAGGCCGAAUCAAGAUGGCAUCAGAAGGUUCCGCAAAUUGUGGUAGGGGCUCGCCAGCUGGAGUUUCUGGAGAACCGCAGAGAGGGGAAGACCCAAAAGAAAGAGCUGCAGAGCAUCGUGAACGUUGCGAUUGCUGUUUGGGCUGCCAUCAUGUCCGACUCCUCUCCCGACUCGCCGACGCAGGCUGGAAGCAUGUCUGACUCCACGGCCGACUCUCCCACGCGUGUGCGCGAGAGUGGCAUGCCACCGGUGGAGUACUGGGAGACCCUUGUCGAUGCAGAGACGAUGCUCGACUCCCUGGGCUUCACGCCUGGCAGUCACGACAAGGUAGUGGAGCUCGGCUGCGGCUACGGCACCAUCACCUUGCCGGUGGCCAAACGCUGUCAAUCCGUACGAACUUUCGACAUCGAGCCCCGGAUGGUUGUACAGACAGAGAAACGCCUGCGUGGCGCAGGACUUUCGAACGUGGAUGUCCAGGUCCGUGAUGUCGUCGCCGAUGGCUAUGGUUUGGAAGAUGGUUCAGCAGAUGCGGUACUGCUCAUGAAUAUCCUCCACUGCGAGGAGCCUGUGCGAAUGCUUCGGCAAGCAGCAGCUCUCCUUUCUGAUCGCGGUAUGGUCUAUGCGAGCCACUGGAGAUACGACGAAAGCACGCCCAGAGGGCCUCCCCUCGCCAUCCGGCACGCCUUUUGCAGCCAUUGGGCUGCGGCCAGAACACAAGGCCUUCAGCCCUCUGCCCGCGAUCUGCGGCUGCUGAUUCAACAUCACAGCAGACCGUAUUACCGUGAAGCCCGACACAUGGGCAAGAAGCCACAAUGGGGUGGCAACGGCGAUGGAUGGCAGGAUACCUCGCGAUCCUCGGCAUCAGCGUACUAUGGAUGGCACGAGAAGGGCAGCAACAAGGGCAAGAACAAGCAACCAUGGAAGAACCGAGACGCGGCGGACUACAAGUUCCCCAGUUACGAGGCCAUGGAAUAUCGUGCCGCGAAGCCACAGCCAACUCCAGAGGUGGAUUGGACUCUUGCUGCAGAAGACACAGGAGAUUCGGGAAGCCUCACCCGCUACAUCCAGCGCUUGGCAAACACGAUCCGCCGCGCAGAUGGCCGGAUGCGAAAAGGGGAGGCAGACAAGGAAGCUGCCAAGGGCCAAUGGGAGCGGUUCCAAGUCGAGAUGAAGCAGAGCUUUAUCCGCGAAAGGACGAGGUACUACGACCGCCUCCAGAAGAUCCAGACGGAGGCCACGGAGCAGCAGCAGAUGAAGGAGGAAGCCAUCGCGGAGUUGCAGGACCUCUUCCAGAACCCUGGCAAGCGUUCGAGAGCAACGGCUCCUGUGGAAAAGGACGAGGAGGCGGAGGCAGAGUGGACACAGCUCAUGGCCAGCGCCGAGAACCCGGUGGCAGACCUACCUGGCCUACUUGCCAAAGCGAUUCGAGAUGGAGCCCCUCUUCGCGAUUCAGCCAGACGGCAAAUGAUGGAAGCCUUGGGGAUCCAGGCACCCGGCGGGGAUGGCGCCUCAACACCACCUGCAAAGACCGCCCGGGCCCCGGAGAUGACGCCUCCAGCGACUACUCGUGUUGCUCAGGCGGAAGGCUCGGAGGCCCGCAAAGUGCCUUCUUACGAAGCGGAAGUCCCGAACAAGGAACCCUACCCGGCAUCUCCCAGCACACGAUUGUUGCAGCCGGAUCACAGCAAGGUGCGACCCAAAGCUGGGCAGCCUCGGGUGGCAGUCAAAAAUCAGGGACGAUCCCCGUCCCUCCCGCAGACCGGCAGGACCCUAGCGGACAAGCUCGAGAAGGCCAGGGAAGGAGCCCUGACCGAGUCCAUGGUGGUCGACAGCGAGUCGGACGAAGCGGACAUCUUGAGCGACCUCCGCGCAAGGCCGAGACUAUCGUAUGAUGAGGCCGGAGACCUCAAGAUUGGUGGCUUUUUCGGUCAGUCCACCAGAUCGCCCCAAGAGGCACGGAGAGAGCUGAAAACAAUUGAGGAGAUGUUCUAUUCCAAUGCCUCCUCCUACGGCAGGAUCUACGAUUUUAUGGACGUUGUUGCCAUUGUCAUGCCGAUCCUCCGGGACAUUGUCAUUUUCCUGGCGGAGACUGUGGAACAGAGUGUUGUGAGUUUUGGCAACACCUUACGGGUUAUAUGGUGCGUGGCCAGUGGCAUGCUGAUGGUCUGUUACUGCCGGCGAACACGGCCCUUUGGGAGCAUGCCGGGCAGGCGGGCCAAGAUGCCUUGGAUGAUGAGAGGUCUCCUUAUCGCUGGCAUAUGGAGCCCGGCCCACGGAGCGCCACACAGCUCCUCGAGCCGUGCUCCUGGCCCUGUGGAAGGCAGUUCUUGGCGCCACCCGACUGAUCUAGAAAUUUGGGCGGCGGGCCAGUUGACACCCAGGGAGCAAUUGCUCCUAUGCUCCGGGGACAGGGACUACGGGCUCAGAGUCGAAAGUGGAGGAGUCAUGCCGUCCCGAGUCCAUGAAACUGGACCACCCAGAGCCCAGCAGAACCCGCCUGAACCGGUCGAUGAGGUUUCGGAUGGCGAGGAGGACAUUGAGUUCCACGAGAUUGAGGCUGAUGCCCUUCGAACCACACAUAUCUCGCUGUGGGUGGGAAGUCCAGGAUUUGAGCCUGAAAGAUUAGAUGUUGCUUUGAUGUUUCCCCUUACUGGGCAGAGUUUGAGUGACAUCAUCGUUGAUGCUUCCCGGGGUCUGGGCACUGACUACCUGACUGAGACGGUCGCCCUGCAGCCCCAGAUCCACGAGGACUAUGGUAGCUACCUGCUGCUGCCUGCAGGCCUCCUUGCCACAAGCAAUAAAGCGGUUGUCAUUGAUGCCCGUCGGUUCAACCGUGGACUUUUCUCGGUGUUCGCGCAAGGCCAAGUCUCGAGGAGAUUUGUGUUGGGACACGCGAGACUUGAUUUCAAUGACGACGUUGAGGUUUACAUUGGCGGCUCCAUGGUCCCCAUGGCACACGAUGCGUAUGUUUGGGUUGGAAAUGGAACGCUGAUUAAGAUCCUUAGACGUGGAGAUGUGGUAGAAUGGGCCAGUGACAUCACCGAAAGAUAUGAUGACGGUGACCUGUGGAACCCGGAUACGACACACCCUGGCAACUUGCCAGGGCGUUUUGUUGAAUUCCAGAUGGAGGAGAGGUCAGCUCUGCAUGAGGUGAACAGAGCCAGCCCCUCCAACCCAGUCAUAGUCGCUGGCCGAUUAUUUGGGCUUGAGCACAGUGAGUUUUGGCUGCGGGCACCAACACACCGUCCGGAAAGAAUGUACAUUGGAGGGCGCAGAGUUCAUUCAGUCAUAGCUGUUGUUGACCCCACGGAACACCCGAGGGAUCGGACCUAUAUCGGUUUCUUGGACCUCCGGGCGGUUGGCCGAGGUUUCUGUUGGACUGCCACGGACAAUGGCCGUUUCCACCCGGGAGACUAUGUUGAGAGCCUGGAAUUGGAAGCAGUCGAGGGCUUCAGCAUCAUCGUACAAGGAGGCCAGAGCAGAGGUGGAGGAUGGAUCGACAUCUACGACGGGGAGACGCUUACUGUGGUGAUGAGGCCUACAGCUGCCCUCGCCACAUCUACAAGCGGCUCCCAGAGCUCGGGCAACAGUGAGGAGGGGGGUGAUCCAGAUGCUGGUGACGGAUCUACUUCAGAUAUAGACCCUGAACCCCCAGGCCAGGGGAUGCCGCCUCAAGGCCCUGGGCCUUUCGGACCGCCACCUCCAGAACCUGUCAACCGCAGCCGGUCACCGAGAGAACCUGCUGCCGCCGAAGAAGCAGAUGCCAAAACAGUCCUUGAGUUGAGCAGCUUUGUGCAGGUCCCGGUUUAUGACCUAACAGACCACCAGGUGCCCCUCCCUCACGGCAGCCUCAAUGGAGACGCCUUCUCGCGCCCCUGGCCCACGGCGGACUAUAUCUUCUUUGAUGUGGCCCAGCUCAACCUCCACGAGGCCACCAAGCGAGGACUUGCUGAGCUAACACCUUGGAUUGAGGCGCUACAGGAGAUCGGACCCUCGACGCCGGUGGCCUUUCAUGUCUACACGGACGGCUCAGCUGGACCAGGCGACCGUAAGGGAUAUGGAGUCGUCAUUCUCUUGAGUAUCGGCCUCGCCAGCAGUUUGAUUGGCCUCAUUGGUGGGGCUCUAGAGGACCCCUGUGGCCCUACCUGGCCAAGUGAUGGCCCUGCCGCAUUGCGAUGUGAACAGGUCGCCCUCGCCGUUGCAAUCCUGUGGAGCUUGCAGACGAGUUCUUCGUUCCCUGGAGUUGCACAUUAUUGCCACUUCGAUUGCAUGGCAGCAGGCUGGGCUGCCAAUGGAGACUGGAACCCCACCGACGAGUUUGCCUCCAAGAUCCACUCACUUGAGCUCUUGGCGAGGAACCGAUUGAAUGGAGGGAUUCGGUUUCAUCACGUUGCCGCACACCAAGGAGAGCCCUGGAAUGAACUUGCGGAUACCGUUGCCAAAGCAGGGGCUAGUGGUAGCCUGGCUGUGGCACGUCCUCCGAAGGAAGUGUGCCAGACCUUUCUCGUGAAUGACCUGGGCUGGUUGGCAGCUGCUGAACGUGGAGCUGCAGAUGGAAGCCUGCCAGUUCGAGAUGGUGCUCUGGUGUGGAGCUCUGCACCGCUCCCUGCUGCAGCCCCGCCACUCCGACCUGACCAAGUACUCCCCGUCGAAGCUCAGCAAUGGGGCACCGAGCAGCGGCCAGCCGAGAUUGAGUUGAAGGUUGCCACUGUGAAUGCGCAAGGCAUGCACGGCAAGCACCCCUUCUACGAAGCACAAUUAGAGGCCCUGGGUUGCCAAAUUGUAAUGGUGCAGGAAACAAAACAGUCUGCUUCGUUCUGCUGCUCCAAGUUGUACAUGCGGUUGGCGACGGAGGGUUUGCGACAUUGGGGUGUAGCCCUAUGGGUCCAUCGCCGGCGUGGCAUCCUCACGGUUGAUGGCAAACCGUUGACUGUUGGGGCGCAUGAGGUUGCUAUUCGGGCGGAAACUGAGCGUUUGUUGAUCCUCGAGGUCAGGAUUGGGGGACUCCAAAUUGUGCUAGUUUCCGCGCAUUGCCCCCACGCAGCUAAAGGAGAGGAAGGCCAGCGAUUUCUUGAUGAGCUUGAAGGCCUGCUGAGUCAAUACCAGUCUGCCACUUUGUUAGUCAUUGGAGCUGACAUGAAUGCGCGGCUCCCUUCCGGAUGGCCACAAGUUUCUGGUGAUCUGGGCCAUGGGGAACCAGAUGAAGCGGGGAAUCGCCUCGCCAGAUUUUGCCAAGGCUUGAGAAUCUGGGCGCCAGCUACGCAUUGCUCUCUGCAUCGAGGUGAUAGCUUCACCUAUUGCCAUCCCUCUGGCGGGCGCCAUAGAAUCGACUACAUCCUUCUGGGGGGGACCUCGGAGUGUUCUCGCCUUGUCAGUGAAGUCCGCUAUGACUUCGACACUAUGAAUCCUAAUGAGGACCACCACCUAGUCCUGCUUCACCUCCAGGCUCGGUGUCGAACAGGCGGUAAGUCAAGACUCCGGCGAUCCUCUUAUGACCGCGAGAAAAUGGGAUCAGCUGAAGGCAGACGGGUCAUUGCUGACAGCCUUAGGGGUUAUAGGCCCCCGGACUGGUCACUCCACCCUGACCAUCAUUGCCAGCAUCUACUUGAUCACUUACAUGGCCUGCUCGAGGAGCAUUUCAGAAAGCCCAAUGACGCCCCACGGGCUUCCUUUGUGCCCGACCACGUGUGGGAGACUCGUGCGAGUAAGCUCGCCUUGAAGGAGCGGACGGGGCACAUGCGUCGUGGAUGGCGUGUCCUGCUUCAGGCAGCCUUUCUGUGCUGGCGAUAUGGAGCUGGCAGUGACCUACUUUUGGCCGCGGUUCGCAAACACCACUUGCUCUACGGGUGGUUUGCAGCAGCAGUGAAGGCCGCCACGUUCCUAGCCAAGAAGGGCAUUCGGCGGGCCAAGAAUGACUUCCUCCAGACGGCAGCGCAGGGAUACGACCCACAAACGGGAGCCAAUCGUAUGCUUGCGAAUCUCAAGCGGGCAGGAUUAGGCCGGAAAGAAAAGCAGACCUUUCGUCGCCGCCUGCCUACACUCCUUGAUGAAAAGGACCAGCCUGUAGUGGACCAGACUGGUCGUGACGCGCUGUGGCUACGCCACUUCGGAGCGCAAGAGUGUGGAGACAUUGUCCUGCUCAAGGAUCUCUUGAAGCGGCCCCAGCCGCCUGUGAUCCAGGACCAGGAACUUGAGUGGGAGCUCCGGCAGCUCCCAUCCCCGUUGGACGUCGAAGAAGCUCUGCGAUCCCUACCUAAGGGCAAAGCCACAGGACCAGAUAUGGUACCUGCAGAACUGCUGCGAGCAGUGCCUGCGGAGAUGUCCAGGGCUGUCCAUGCUCUGAUGCUGAAAUCAGUUGCCCGCCUGCAACAACCGUUUCACUGGCGAGGUGGAUUGUUGUACGAUGCAUGGAAGGGACAAUCUGAUGCUAGCCGUCCAGAAGCUUACCGGUCUCUCUACGUCUCCAACCUCCUCGGCAAGUGCCUGCACAAGAUGUACAAGACCAAAGUAGGUGAUCUUCCGCAAGAGGCAUUUCACGCCCUGCACCUGGGCUCCAAGAAAGGAGCACCAGUUACCUUCCCUGCGAUGCUGAUUCUUGGCCACAUCCGACGGGCCAUUAGACAAAAAUCUUCUUUUGGCGUCCUGUUCCUCGACACGAGGCAAGCGUACUAUCGUGUAUGUCGGGAGAUAUGCAUGGGAAGGAUCACGGAGGACAUUGCCAUCGCGAAGCUGUUCGCCUACUUCAACAUCCCCCCAGAGGACAUCCACGCCCUCUACAAGGAGACAGUGCAGGGAGGGAUCAUGCAGGAUGGUGGAGUCCCCGCCGAGAUUCGCCAUGUCAUCAAAGACUUCCACAGAGUGGCAUGGUUUUCUACCUGCUACGGAGACGGUACCCGGGUGUGUGUCACCAAAGCCGGCUCUCGUCCAGGCGAGAACUUCGCCGACUUUGUCUUCGGUUUUGCUUACGAACGAGUUCUACAGCAGAUCACCGAGGUAGCUACAGGGGAGGGUCUCUUUGACAACCUCCUCUACGAUGGAGCAGCGGGCUUGUACGGCAAAGGGCACACCGGGGAUCCGGUCCUGAUUCAGGACGGCACUUGGGCAGAUGACAGUGCAUUUCCAUUGAUUGAUGCCCAGCCGGGGAUAUUGCUCAGGAAGGCGGCACGCCUGUCUUCGAUUGUCAUUGCCCACUGCCAAAGCUUGGGUAUGGAGCCCAAUGUGAAAAGGGGCAAAACAUCGCUCCUUUUGCGCCUUGUAGGCCGCGGUGUACAGCAGGCUAAGCGAAACUACUUCCCACAGGGAGGUUCGAAGAUCUACUUGCCUGACUUGGCGCUCCAUGUUGAAACCGUUCCAACGUACACACAUUUGGGUGGCCUGCUCGACCACCGGGGUUGCCUUGCCGCGGAGGCGCGAAGAAGAUUGGCCAUCGCCACGGCAGCGUAUGACGCCGCAAAGACCCUUAUCCUGAACAACCGCACCAUUUCAUUGGCGGCGCGCAAAGAUGUGUUUGAGGCGGCUGUCCGCCCUACUUUCUUCAAUGCGGCCUUGUGGGUGCCUGGAGGUGUUGAGUGGGACAAGCUGGAAGGAGGUUACAUGCGCCUCCUCCGACGCCUCCUCACAAAUGCCUUCACGGAUGAGGAGAUCUUCAAAUUACCGGGCCCUUUGAUACACAUCCUAGUCGACAGCCCACCUUUUGGGAUGUUUGCAAGGAAAUCAAGACUGAGCUUUCUCUUGUCCAUCGCUCUGAGAGGUCCGCCGCAGCUUUGGGCCAUGCUCCAAGCUGAGGGUAGCUGGCUAGAAUGUGUGAAGAAGGACCUACUGUGGGUCAUCGAGGGUGCGCGUGAGGCUUGGCCCCCUUGUCAGGAAGCCUCAUGGCCUGAAUGGUGGCGAAACUUACGAGAGGAUCCUCGCCGCUUCAAGCGACGAGUGGCCCAGCGUACUGCUGAGGACUUUGGAUCCUACAAGCAGGACCAAGCGCCCCAGCUUGGCCUUUGGUGGAUGUAUCAGGAAGCCAUCAAGAGUAUGCCAUGUCAGGAACAGCUUGAAGCCCCGUGGACAUGCCUGAUGUGCGACCGCACCUUCUCCACACGCUCUCGGCUGAGUGUGCACUUCUUCAAGAGCCACGGGAGAAGAGCUGCAUACCGCGGCUUUGUCAGUGGAACGCAUUGUCAAGCAUGCGGUCGUCAGUAUUGGUCGGUGAAUAGACUAGCCAUUCACCUGCGGGACCACCCACAAUGUGUACGACGUCUACGAUUGCAUAAAGCACAACAGUCCUCAGAACCGCCAGAUGGAGUAGGCAGCAGAGCUUGGCAACAACGAGACAAUGAGCAAUACACUCUUGCGGUGCCCUGUCAGGUGUCCGAAGGAUUGCCGGAGAUCGCGGGGGACCCCUGGAGUGAGGCCAUGCGGGCUACUUACGACCACAUCUCAGCAAUCCUGCUCGACCCCGACAACAGGCGUGCUGAGAUUGCCACAGGGGACUUUCCGCAGAAGGCCUUUGGCAUCCACCCCCUCUACCCCGACGAGGUACAGUCCCUCGUUGUGACCUUCAUCGAGGAGCUCGGAAUCGUUGGGGCAGAAGGUGAGGGGGAUCUCUGGACGGAAGCAGAACUUCAAAAGCUCGUUGAGCUCUUUAGCGACUUCGGCAAUGUGCAGCAGCGGAGGCGUGGAACCCCUAUCUGCCGAGCUGAAGGGCUAGUGUCCACGAAGUUCUUGAAAGACGUCCAGAAGAUCAGCUGGGAGAGGCUAUUGAGCGAAGUGAGAGUCGCCUACGUGACCGGAAACCGGCCCAUUGUAGUCCUGAUAGAAACCUGGGAAGCUGCGCAGGCUCUAGUCAGGGAUGGCCCGGUGAAUGCAGCCGUGAGCGACACCCUCUCGCGUUUUGUGCCGGAGAGUCUUAGAACCGCAUGGCGACUGCUCCUAGAGGGAGCAAACGUACAGGUCAUUGCGGCGCCGGACUUCUGGAGCACACCGAUUGCUCGCCCAUUUAUUGGGGUCGGAGCAUGCCCUUGCAAGUAA